AUGUCUACUUUCUCGCAAAAUCUUCCUUAUUCAUUCUCUUUUGAAAGAGAAGCUGAGAGUUUAUUAAACGAAAUAGUCGAAAAUUUAUGUUCUUCUGCAAAAGCUCAAGAUUGGGGUCCGGGUUGUAGUCAUUGGGUUAAACAACUCAAUGGAUAUCUUGACCUACAACACCCUUUAUCUCGUCAAACUCGCGCUCAAAUAGCUCGCGUUCUUUUUGAACUUGUAAUCACGCCAGGAAUUGAUACUUCACAUGCUGAAGUUUUUUCCAAUACCUGCGUUCGAUUGCUCAAAAAAAAAGAAAAAAUUGGACCAGAAGAUCUGACAUUGCCUUGGGAACCGUUAUAUGAUAUGAUUUAUAAGAUAUACUUUCCAAAGGGCCGUCAUAAAACUUUAAUAAGUGAAUCUAAACAGAUCUCAGCCGUAGUUCGUUUAGUAGAACAUGCUCAAAGAUUUUUUCCUCCUGAAGCUACGAAAGAUAUCCUUGCUAGGGUACUUCCACUUUUUCACGCUAAUAGUGUUGGAGAUGCUUUUACUGUACAAGCAUUUUUAGUUCGAUUCCUUCCAAUCGGACCUUCAAAAUCACCCGAGUAUUCACCUGCAAUAUGGCUUCCAACAAUAUUUUCAUUUUGGUAUCUUAUUCCUGGAUCUUUGCUGUUUCAAACAGAAUUUAUUGAUCUUGUAGCUCGUGUCGCUGAGGAAAACGUUGUAGUUGAAGAUGUUAAACUUGGGAAUAUUGGAAUUUUCACACAGUCUCAAGUAAAGACCGUAUUUGCAAGUGGUCAGAAAAUGAUGGAUUUGCCUGUUGGUAGUUCAAACAAUGGUAAUAAUAAUUCUGGAAGAAGUGGUGGAUCAUUUGGAUUGUCUACAAGGGUAGAUCAAAAAGCUGGAAGUGCUAUGAUGUUGAGGAAAAAAGUUGAUAAGUUUAAGAUGUUGGCUAGAUUUAUUGUUUUUACAAUAUUUUCAUCGCCUGUUUCAUCACAAGAUGAAACGACUCUCACACAUUUGUCCAAUAUGAUUCAAGCUACGGAGACUUUUUAUCAUCCAAGUAAUUUUGGUAGAUGGACAUUUUCGAUAGUUAGAUUUUUGCAGUAUCUUGGUUGGGAAUUCUUAAAACGAUGGACAGAUGAAAACAAGCCGGAAUGUAAAACUCCAGAAUCACGUCGGUUGACCCCAGAACUUAGACGCCAGUUUGUUCUCACUCUUAGAAGUGUUACGUUUUUGUCAAUGUUUGGCAAGGAUCCUCUGUCUGUCGGUUCAAGCCAGGCGGCUUUGAAAUAUUUAGCGUGGUUAGAGCCUACAUUGAUUUUCCCAGGACUACUAGAACGCGUUUAUCCUUCUCUUGAAACCUUAACUGAGACACAUAGAACAACGUCUUCGAUCUCCGCACUUUCACUUUUGGCCAUUCCGUUAUUUUCUCGAUUUCAUUAUCCGGCUGGAGGAAAACAUUUGGUACAUCUUCUUCAUUUAACAAUCCCCGGUAUUGAUAUGAAUGAUCCGAUAAAGACAAUUUCAUCUUUAAUAUUUUUGACUCAUGCAAUCAUGGGAGUCCCUUUAAGAGAUUUGACUGAAGGAAAUUCCACUGAGUCUGGAUUUAGGUGGACUGGUAUGGAUAUUGAUGAAAGUGAAGACCAUAUGGAAAUUGAUGAACAGGAGGAAGAUGCUUUAUGUAAAGCUAGUACCGCGGCAUUUGAAGAAUGGCUUGCAAAGUUUUUAGGACGUGUCUUUACUAUUUUUGAGUAUCUCCCACAACAAGAGCGCGGUAAAUUAAAUUUACAUAAUAUGGAAACAGGAUUGGUUACUGUAUUACUGCAUGCUUGUGAAAUAGUUGGGAUUCAAAUGUCUGAGCAACUUCAGGAUUUGGCAUUGAAAAUGGUUAUAGAUUUCGCGUCUACGACUAUACUUCAGAAUGCCACAAAACCAAUGGGUUAUCUAUGUUCCACUCUAACUAGUCCAAAUCGAAGCAAGGCACUUGCACUUUUUAUUCCACUCUGUCAUUCAAAGAUUCUUACAGAACUUCAACACGGUGCAUCAUCUACACCAACUACUUCAUCAACGCAUCAUAUCCAAUCCGACACAACGUUACAUUGGUAUCAGUGUAUUCUGUAUCAUGUGGCCAUGUCAAGUGGAUCUGAGUUACUGAAGCACAAAAAAGAAUUAAUAGAACUAGGAAAAGAAAUGGUGCAAAAAUGUCGUUCAAGGAAAGGAUACAUGUGGACAGGAAAAUUUAUUCGAAUGAUGUUAGUUGCUCUGACGCAAAUAUAUCCUUUAGAAUGCCGAAAUGUUGAUACGAAACGAUGGAAUUCUGACGAAUAUAUGAAAAACCAUCAUAAAUAUUGGGUUGAACCCGGGUGUCACGAUAAUAUUAAUAUUGAUUGGCAUGUACCAACAGACUCUGAACUCGAUUUUGCAAUGGAAAUAAUAGAUACUUUCUUAAAACCUACUCUAAAACGAAUCGAGGAUUUAAUGGCAAAUGGAACCGAUGAAGAUGGAAAGGUGUUAAGUAACCGUGGAAUGACUCACGAACUUUGCCGUUGGUUCAGCGUGGUCAGAAAUUGUCUUAGCGGAAUGACUACUUUGGUGGAAGACGACGGUGACGAUGAUGCCUCGGAAUUCAAAGAUGAAGAAACCGAGGCUGUAAAACCAAUAAAAUCUAUACCUGCUGGAUAUUGCUUCUUAAAUCCUAACGAUCAACGAAGACAAGUUGCACGACAAUUGCGGAAAGAAUUGGGAGAAUUUCUUCAUAAACUUGUAAAUUUUUUCCGAAAGCAACGGGAAGAUGAUGUAGAAAGUUUGAAGAUUCUCCUCAAGAUGAUCAAAAUUUACCUCACAGAUCGAGGUGUUGAGAAAUCUAAGUAUGACGCAAGUAAGCGUGGUUAUCAAUAUGCAAAAAAUAUGUUGAAGACUUCACACCAUGAUAAGAAAUAUCCACGUUAUUUACUUGUAAAACGAGCAUAUCAACAACAUUUAUGUCGUUUGAAACAAAAUGCGUUUGGUCGCCUUCGAAUUCGAUUGCAUGAUAAUUUAUUAAAGGAUUUAGUUGAAUUGUCCCUUAGUUCAUAUUCAGAAAUCAGAAAGAUAGCCCAAUCUCAUUUGACAAAUGCGUCUCGUUGCUUUAUUGGUGCGAAACCAUUUAUCAUUCCAACUUUAUUGGAUGCUUUAAAGCCAACUGACAAACCAAACUCUGAGAGAAUGAAAGGUGCUUUAUAUUUACUUGGGUCUCGUACAUAUAUGUAUACGUGUCUGAGAGAUUGGCGGUUUGUGCCUAAAUUUAUCACUCAAAUAUGUCAGGCUCAACAUGAUGAUAAACCUUCAGUACAAGAAAUGAUACGUAGAAUUUUUUUUGAUUAUCUUAUGAAUUAUAAUAAUACUGCAUUAAAGACAAUUUUUACUAAGGGCUUAGAAGUUGCAAUAAAACAAGCUUUAGAAACUCUUUCUGUCGAUACUCUUUUAAAACUGGCCAAAUCAAAUACGCUUCAUUGGCGCUUCGAGUUGAUGGCUGCAAAUUUCUUAGAUCUUUUAGUACGACCGGAGGCACCAAUUACCGUAGAAAUGGCAGAAUAUUCUGCUAAAGGCUUGGUUUCAGAACUUCCUGGUUUAAGACGUAUAGCUAUUUCAACGACGACAAGAAUACUAUUAUAUAUUAAACAAAGAACAUUUAUCAAGGGUGACCUUGAGUUAAUAUCCUUAGGUAAAUCAGAAAAUCCUUUAAAAAGAAUUUAUGAAACACCGUGUCCUUUAUCAGGAGGAUACACAGAUAACUAUUUAAUAUCCGGUAUGACUCCAAUUGAUGAAAGUAAUGCAGGGAAUAUUAUGCUUCAAGAUAAAGUUUGUGUUGGUUGGUAUAUUUGGCCUGUAAAUUUUGUGGCAUAUUCACCACGUACUACAAAAAUUGUUAUGCCGAAAAUUAAUCCAGAUUCUGAAGCGGCUUACAAAAAAUUGCUUGAAAGUUUUGAAUCUGCUUUGUUUUGGUCUACAUUAUUAUCAUAUUUAUCACAAGAAACCUCAAGAGAUAAAGAAGAUAAUUUCUCUACUUGUAAUGCAAAUCUAUUUAAAAGUAUUUUCCAGAUUUAUGAGGAUUCUUUCUUAGAAAUUGUUAAACCAGAGGUCCUUAAAUUAUGCAAAUCACUGGAGAAGAAUCAACAGCGUGCCGCAACAGAAAUAUUGGCGGGUAUUAUAAGGGGAAGUAAACAUUGGCCGCUUAAUAGAUUACAAGCAUUAUGGAGCUGGCUAAUUCCUUUAUUAGAACAAACUUUUAAUUCAAUAACUCCCGAUUCUCUUGUAUAUUGGGAUAGAUUUUUGAAUUAUGUCCUGCGUAAUCGUGACCCACGACGAGUAUUGCCUCUUGUUGAGUUGAUUUUAGGAUUUCGUAUUGACCCUACAUCUCAUGCUUCUUUUGCUGAAGCAAAGAAAUUAUUAUUUAUAAGCACGCUUCUUAGUGUUUUUUCAUGGCGCGUUCUACCAAAAACACAACCGUUACUUGAAGAAUAUUUUGCUAAUAUUCGUCAUCCCUAUAAACAAGUACGCGAUACUAUAGCAGCAAAUAUUAAUUUAGUAUUACAGAUACAAUGGCAUCCUUCUGCUGCUAACGUUACAGAGAUACUUGAAAGUAAUCUCCGAAUCGGUGAAGGUGUAGGGUUUGUUGCAUCAGAAUUAAAUGAAAAUCUCAAACAAACGUUGUUGGGUUUAGUAGAAACAUUGGUAGUCUUGCGUACGGAAAAAAAGCCAACUGCAGCUGGAUCUUCAGAAUACGGGAAUGCUAGCAAGACAAUUCUUGCAUGGCUUUAUGAUGCGCUCACGAUGUGGCAGGCUACGGGAACAUAUCCGUUGAUACUGCCUUUAUUGCCUUCAGUGUUUCUAAUGCAAGACGUUAAUGACGACCAAGACCUCCAGUCCAUGGCUACUCAUGUUUUAAACAUCAUUGCUUCUUAUCCUUAUCCUCCUGAUAUGAUACCAAUGAUGAUUGACAAAUUUGUCGAAAUAUUGACAGAAUCUUCAAGUUGGCAUAUUAGAGUAAAAGCUUUACCUGUCCUUCAAGUAUUUUUCUUUAAACAUCUUUUUAUGUUAAGUAAAGAAAAGACAGAUAAAGUAAUGGAAGUGGUCUCCAAAAUGUUGAAAGAUAAUCAGAUCGAGGUCCGUCAAUUGGCCGCAGUCACGUUAUCAGGUCUAAUUCGUUGUUCACAAAGAGAAGCCAUAUCAAAGUUAAAAGAUCAGUUCACCAAACUGUUAGAGAUCAAAGUUCCGCCACGCAAACGUACAGUACAAGCUCCUCGUGCAACAUUGCCCCCAGGAUUUCAAGAAGCUGUUCUUACACGUCAUGCGGCUGUUCUUGGGUUAUCUUGUUUGGUUGAUGCUUUCCCAUAUGAAGUUCCAAAGUGGAUGCCCGAAAUUUUGGUUAAACUUGCUGAAUGCAUAUCGGAUCCUGUUCCUAUACAGACAACUGUCAAAAAAACAUUUGCAGAUUUUAGGAGAACACAUCAGGAUUCUUGGCAUGAAGACAUGAAACAAUUUAACGAGGAUCAAUUAUCUGUUCUAUCUGAUAUGUUGAUUUCACCAUCUUAUUAUGCAUGA